ACCCUCCACACCCUGCAGUCUCGGGAAGUUCCUCCGCAUUCCUGCUAUAGUCACACACGCACACACACACACACACCCAUACUAUACAUAUACAUACACACACAUACAUAGAAAGCUGGGAGGAUCCACACGCUGGGUCUGGGAGUUUGCAGGGGCUGUGGGCCUGCUGUAGGACUGGAGACAAGAUCCUCUUCAUCAACGCCCUGCCAGUCUCACCAUGAGUGAGGCAGGUGGUGAUGAAGGUGGAGGUGGCAGCAGCAGUAGUAACACAGACCAGCAGACAGAGGAUAAGUCUCCUGGAGGAAAGAUUCUGGGAAAACUAAGCGCUAUCGCCACUGGACCAGGCUGGACUAAGGCCAGCUGCCCCUGCUGUGUGUCGGAGCAGGUCGAGCCAUUGGUUGUAGUGAAGCUUGGGGAGAAAGUUCGCCCCGAGACCAAGAGGUGGCUCAUCAGAGUGAUUGGAGCUCCUCAGAAAGAUGGAGGUGCAGCAUUACUGGCCCACUCAGGUGAGGACGCCAGUGGUGACAUCAUUGUGGUCUCUGCCCCGCGCUGUACGUUACUACGAGCCACCGAAGAGUUGGGUCUAUGUAAGACUUACUGCAACGGGGACAUGGAGGCCUUCUCCUACCAUGACAGAGAACACUUUAAAGAUUCAGACAACAUGGAGGUGUUCCUGACGCUGGCGGAGAGAGAGUACAUAGUGAAAUAUGAGCUGGACGGUCUGCGGGCACAGAGGGACCUGAGAAUACCUGGCCUGCCUGACAAUUACACACUGCAACACCGAGACAACAUCUGGCAGAAGCUGGGGUCAGCUGGUGUGAUUGUAGACACCUUCCCUCUCCAUAAACACGACAAACUGAAAGAUCUCAGUGAAGCCUGGUACUCUGGGAAUCAGCUGGCUCAGCCACUGGAUUCAGUCAAUGCAUAUUUUGGAAGCUCAGUGGCGUUCUACUUCAGCUUCCUUGAUUUCUACACCUGGUCUCUGCUGCCACCAGCGAUACUGGGCCUGUCCAUCACAUACUUCUCAGGUGAAGUUCAGAAGGAGAUGGAUGAGUCAGUCUCGGGCUCACAGGUCACGAUCGCUGAUGAUGAUGCAGGACCUGGUCACAUCAUCCAGGCUGUGUUUAGUAUGCUGUGGUCCACAGUGGUCAUCGAGCUGUGGAAGCGUCGGAGCUCUUCCCUGUCCUACCGCUGGGGGACCCUGCACCUUGCUGAGCGCUUCGCAGAGCCACGGCCCGGUUUCCAUGGUGAUCUUGGGGUCAACCCUGUUACAGGUCGCGUGGAGCCGCUGUUUGCUGAAUGGCAGAGAGACCUCCGUAUGGCGCUGGUGUCAGUCCCAGUGGUGGGAAUGUUUCUAGGGUUGGUGGUGCUGGGUAUGGUUUGUUUCUACUGGGGGGAGGCCCAGGUGAAACAGCUACACCAGGACUGGGACUCCCUGCUGACUCAGACUUUGCUCUACAUGCCCUCUGUGCUUCACAUCGUCUAUACAAACAUGCUAGCGAAUGUUUACAAGACAGUGGCAAAGUCUCUGACUGAAUAUGAAAACCACAGAGAAGAGUCCGCCUUUCAGAACCAUCUAACAGCCAAAGUCUUAGUGUUCACCUUCUUCAACUACUUUGCAGUGCUCUUCCACAUUGCCUUCUUCAAGCAGGAUGUGUCUUUGCUCCGUAAGCGUCUGGCCUCUUUGCUGAUAGUGAGCCAGCUCGUGAACCAGGUGACAGAGGUGGUCAUACCCUUCCUGGUGGACCGGCUCGUCAACGCCCCCCGUAGGAGAGAGAGAGAAGAUGACCCGCAGGAGGACAAAUUCAGGAACCAAAUCACCUCGCCUGUUUUCCCUGGCCUGUUUGGGGAGUACAUCGAGCUCUUGGUGCAGUUUGGGUAUUUGAGUCUUUUCUCCUGUGUGUAUCCUCUGACGGCCGUGCUGCUGCUCAUCAACAACCUCACGGAGAUCCGAUCGGACGCUUACAAGAUCUGCAAUCUUUUCCGCAAACCAUUUUCCCCCCCUGUGGCUAACAUGGGCGUGUGGCAGUUAGCUUUUCAGGUCCUGAGUUUUGUCUCCGUUGUGUCUAACUGCUGGCUACUGAUACUGUCACCACGGGUGCGAGAGCUGUGUCAGGAGGGCGGGAUGAGCAGCACAAACUUUCUGCUGUUGGCUGUUUUGGUGGAGCAUGUGCUGAUCUUGAUCAAAGUGGUUUUGGCUGCCUUGAUCCCUGAUGAACCGGACUGGAUCAGGAAAAAGAAAGAACAUAUAGAGUACACAUCCAUGCAGGCCCUGAGACAGCAGAAGCUGCUUUCUGAAGAGUCCUGAUUGCAUUUCAGAUUGUGGAGGUGGUGCUGUACAGCUGCUACAACCAGAAGAUACAGUACCACUGAGCCUUGCAGGGUCCAUGAUGCAUACUGCUGUGCCCUUAUACUCCACCUUUUAAAGUGCUGACAAUAAGAUUUCUGCUACUCUCACUAAGUCACAUGGUGCUUCUGCAAUGUAAACACUCUGAAAUGCACCUUUAUAUCAUACAUACACUGCAAGUGCAAUUCAAACAGCAGCUAAAAAGUGUUGUUUUUUUUCAGUAUUAGACGGCAAAUGUUAUGUAUACAGAUGCCCUUUAAAAUAUUAUGUUAAUGAUAAAGGAGGGUUAUUUGUGCAGAUCUAAUGAAGGGACAGUAAAUAGGUGAAGAGUUGUAUUACAUAUUUAGUAAGGGACAGACAGGAAGGAGUAUUGAUGUCACUGGCAGGGUCAAAGGCCUACACAGAACACUUGACAAAAUGUUCCAGUUUUAUCUGCUUUAUUUAUUGCUCAGUGCUCCAACUUGGUGAUAAGCUACAGUUAGUGAUCAGGAUUCAUAAUGAGAGAAUAGUGUCAUCAUUAGAGUGAUUAUCAUUAGAAAAACAGCCGCCCGAAUAAUAGAAAAUCAGUCAUUAAAGCUUCUCUAUUCAACAUUUUUAUAUGUGUUGCUCAAAGUGAUGAGCCCACAGAGAAAUAUCACCCAACAGUGCAGUUCUCAGCUCUACGGGGCUUUUUAGCUUCUUUCAGUUCCUUGUUUUGGUUUAGUGGCCAAAAAGUAAAUUAUUGCAGAUUUAGUUUAAAAAAACAAAUCUUUUUGUCUUUCUCUCUGUCUGUAGGCACUGAUGUUAAAACUUAUACCAUCAGCUUAAACGUGAUGUAAGUGUUAAUGCUAACAUGUCAAAAAUCAUACUCUUGUCCUAUUUGACCCUUUAUAAGUUGUGUCUAAUUGAACCAAAAGUGGGCAAUGUUGCACUUGUAUCUUUAUUUGUAGGUGCAUUGGUGAUACAGUGAUACUGUUUUUUAUUAUGUAAUCACAGUAUGGCUAUGGCUUGAGGUUCCUCAAAUGACGUGUAGCAUGAGGGAAAUGCUGUGCCAAGAUGUACAAUUUGCGUUGAGAGUGAUGGGUAGCAACCAAAGAACCGCUAGUGCUUUGCUAUUAGAAAUGUAUUAUUUUUUUAUGGGUGUAUUUUAGUCUUUACUCACUCCUCAAUUUGUUGUGUGCCUCUAAAAACAACUGCUUGAAUUUAUUGUGCUGCAACCACUAAUUCAUCUUAUAGUCAAAUACUAAAUAUCACAAGUGUUCACUCUUCACUGCUGGUAGAUUUGACUUCAUACACAAAUGUGUAGAUGAGUGCACUGGGGAAGUCCACCAUUUCUUCCAUGAAAUAAUGGUGUAUUGUUCAUUAUAUAAAUUAUUGAUUUUAGAAGGUAGUAUUUUUUCCAGCCACCAGGAGGCACCAUACCCUUUCUAUUCCAUUCCUCAUGCAGCUUUUCAGGCACUGGUGGCUGCAAAGGACUAUAUCACAUAGGUUGUGAGACUUCCUCAGCUGGCUGCAGCUGCACAUGUACACUCUUGACGCUAAUCAUAAACCUGUGUGUGUGUGUGUGUGAGUCUGUGUGUGUGCUCUGAUCUGAGGGGUCCUACCUGGUCCUAGGAUCAGGAUUUCAGGUUAGAAACAGAGUUGACAAUGUUUGCUGGUUGUCCAAUAAAUUCACAAAGGAAAACUG